AUGAACGCACAAUCAUACCUCCCUGUUACUGUACAAGCGAGAACGCGACCGUUCUUCCAAGCGGCCGAACCCCCAACCAAUGUUUUAGUUCAUUUCAUCGAGUGCCAGCAAGCCAGGCGAGGAGAUGCUUUGCGGCGGCGGUGUGCCCCAUAUGCCCCGUAUAUGCCCCAUACCGGCGUCCUUUCCCUGUACCCAAUUCAUCGGCGCGUCCUCCGUCGCCCAUCGAUUAUGUGUAUGCGCGCCCAUGACCUGUGA